AUGCCAAAGUUGAUACAGUUUCAAUGGAAAUUUUCAGAAACUCCAAUUCGUCCUGGCCAUGACAUAGCUAGCUCCACAUUUCCUCACCACUUCUUUUUCGUAACCCUUGGAGCUGAAACAUCACACACAACAUCCAACUCUCUGCAGUUAGCACUCCGACAAAACAUAAAACAUGGUGUUCUAGUUGCAAGUCAUGGAGAGGAGGAAAAAGGGGCAGAAGGCAUUGCUGCUGUGGAUUUUCGAGGCCACCCUGUAGAUAAAACAAAAACUGGAGGAUGGCUAGCAGCAGGGCUCAUCUUAGGUACAGAACUGGCAGAAAGAAUUUGUGUGAUGGGCAUAUCCAUGAAUUUAGUGACCUACUUGGUUGGAGAUUUGAAUCUCCCUUCAGCUGAUUCUGCCACCAUAGUUACCAAUUUUAUGGGAACUCUCAACCUGCUUGGCCUUCUUGGUGGCUUCCUUGCUGAUGCCAAACUUGGCAGAUACCUAACUGUUGCCAUAUCUGCAACCAUAGCUGCUGUGGGUGCGAGCUUGUUAACUGUGGCUACUACCAUUCCUAGCAUGAGACCCCCUGCAUGCAGUAGUGUAAGAAAACAGCACCACGAAUGCAUUCAGGCCACUGGCAAACAAUUGGCUUUGUUAUAUGUAGCACUUUACACUGUAGCAGUGGGGGGUGGAGGAAUAAAAUCCAAUGUCUCAGGGUUUGGAUCUGACCAGUUCGAUACAACAGACCCGAAGGAGGAAAGGAUGAUGAUAUUUUUCUUCAACAGGUUUUACUUCUUCAUCAGUAUGGGAUCCUUAUUUUCUGUGGUGGUCCUGGUGUAUGUGCAAGACGACAUAGGAAGAGGGUGGGGUUAUGGGAUUUCAGCAGGAACAAUGUUGGUUGCCGUUGCUGUUUUGCUUGCUGGCACACCAUUCUAUCGAUUCAAGAGGCCACAAGGGAGCCCCCUAACAGUUAUAUGGAGAGUGCUGUUUUUGGCUUGGAAGAAUAGGGCUCUUCCCCUCCCUUCACAACCCUCCUUUCUCAAUGGUUAUCUUCAAGCCAAAGUGCCACAUACUGAGAGGUUCAGGUUCCUUGACAAAGCUGCAAUCCUAGAUGAGAACAGCUCAAAGGAUGAAAACAAGGAAAAUCCAUGGAUAGUUUCCACAGUGACUCAGGUUGAGGAGGUUAAAAUGGUAAUCAAGCUGCUUCCCAUUUGGUCUACGUGUAUCCUCUUCUGGACAAUCUAUUCUCAGAUGAAUACCUUCACCAUUGAGCAAGCUACAUCCAUGAACCGAAAAAUUGGAUCUUUAGUUGUCCCAGCAGGAUCUCUAUCAGCUUUUCUCAUCAUUACCAUUCUCCUCUUUACCUCCCUAAAUGAGAAACUCACUGUGCCCUUAUCUCGGAAACUCACCCACAAUGUCCAAGGGCUCACAAGUCUACAGAGGGUUGGAAUUGGACUAGUUUUCUCCAUCGUUGCAAUGGUGGUUGCUGCAGUUGUUGAGAAAGAAAGGAGGGGGAAUGCAGUAAAAAAUAGUACUGCAAUAAGCGCUUUUUGGCUGGUCCCCCAGUUUUUUCUGGUGGGUGCGGGGGAAGCAUUUGCCUAUGUUGGACAACUAGAAUUUUUCAUAAGGGAGGCUCCAGAGAGAAUGAAAUCAAUGAGCACUGGACUUUUCCUAUCAACUCUUUCAAUGGGUUAUUUUGUCAGUAGCUUAUUGGUGUCAAUCGUGGACAAGGCAAGUAACAAAAGAUGGUUAAGGAGCAAUCUGAACAAGGGAAGGCUAGAUUAUUUCUAUUGGUUGCUAGCAGUGCUAGGAGUGCUGAAUUUUAUAUCUUUUCUGGUUCUAGCAACGAGGCAUCAGUACAAAGUUCAACACAGCAUAAGGGCUAAUGACGGUGCUGAAAAAGAGCUUGUGAGUGCAAAUGAUGUGAUUGUUGUUGUUGAUGGAAAGGAAGAAGCAUAG